GACGGACCGAUGCUGGUUUUCUGUCUUGCUUUGCUUUUCUCGUCAGUAGAAAGCAAGAUCUCAACUCUAGGUGUGUGCCAGGUAUCCGGCAAUAUUACACAAGGAACAGUUAGAAAGUGGAUGAAACAAAGUGGUCUUACUUGUGGUAAAGUGGGAGGAAGUAAGGGUCACAAGUAAUGGUCACCUAUUGUCUAUCACAGAGGAGGCGGACUGUAGCUGCCAAGGGGAAGGAUGGACGUGUGAGAGGAGUUUGGGAGCAGACUAUAAUGAGAGUUCGCCGACUCUCUCACUACAAACACAAUAGACUAAAAGUCCAACACUCACCCAAUACACUUUCAUCUCUAGUUCCUCUCCAUCGUCAGUGCAACUAUGCAAAUUCCAAAGAAAGCGACAACUGUCUACAUAUCAAUCCCAACAAACACUUAUCAACAAUCAUACUCAACGAGAGCAGCACAACAAUCGAUUGCUCUGUGUGUGGGCAUCCCCCAUUGAACAUCACGUGGUACAGACAAGACAAAAAUCUGCCUCAUGGAGCUCACUGCUCACCGGAUGCCGACUCCCUUUCAUUACUACUCUCAAACCCUUCGAUCGAUGAUUGUGGCGUGUAUGUGUGUGUUGUAACGAAUACGGCAAAUGAAGUGUACGUACACAGAAAUUGUCUCUGGUUGCCAGGCAACACACAAUGUCAAAUCGAUUGUAAACCUCAUGGUACGUCUAGUGGUGAAUCUCCUGGAGGUAGGGAAGGCUUAGACUCAGGUGGUCACUCUCAAUCCACCCACAACCAUUCAAACAACAUCCCUCUUGUUGUCGGAGCAACAGCAGCUGCAUUGCUAGUUGUAGUAAUUCUCCUCAUUGCAUGUGUUUUUCUUCUGUUACGCAAGAAGUGGAAUCACGAUUUCAAUUCAGCCUCAUCAAGACUUGGAUACAAGUCACUACGAUUGGAACCAAGAUCAGCUACAGGAACUGUCUACAUAUCAUACGCACACGAUUCCGAUUCUCACGCAGAAAAAGUCCGAGCGUUCGUCAACAAACUACGACUCGACUACUCCCUAGACUGUUACUACUUUCAAUACCAUCAGGAGGAGGCAAGAGAGCAGUUUGUUUUCCAUUGGAUUGACAAUACAAUCAAACAUGCAUCCGCGUACGUCCUCGUUUGGUCCAAACAAUUUCAGGCAAUCGUCGAUGCUGCUCCGGACGUCGACACCGAACUUGAUCUCAACACCGAAGGCGAGAAUUUCAAACGAACACGAACAGAGUGGCGUCUCAUUCGAUCAUCUCUGUACAACAGGAACGUAAAUUGUUGCAUUCCUGUGUUAAUUGAUGGAGUCCAAAUCGGUCAGUUACCGUCCGAUCUCAGCAGCACCGACCCCCAGCGCUGGCCAGAAGAUGAAACACAAAUUGUAGAUCGUCUGGUGAGCCUCCUGGCUCGAGAUCAAGACAGCAGUUCAGAUGACGUCAUUUCUGUGUAAGCUACAACUUGGAAGGCAAUCAUAAUGAACAAUUUGUGCUACAAAUAGUUUGAAGGAUGACGUCUAGGGUUUUGGUUGGCAUGGCAAUGAUUCGACACACAUUGAGGACGUGGGCAGUUUAGACAUUUUGAGUAUUGAGUGUACAGUAGAUGGAGUGUCAGGAUUACAUUACACCAACAGAACACGACCGACUAAAAUACAUCAAAGACGUAAAUACAUAUCAAUGACUGAUAGAU